UCUUGACUAUAUUCAUGUGAAUCUUGAGUGACGUUAUUAGAAUUUAAGCCACGAAUAUCCUCUCGAAAAUCCUUCUUUCCUGACUCUAACAUUAUUAUAUUAUUAAAAUAUGCUUUUUUUAAAUUGUCCGUCGCUAAUUAUUUUUUAUCUUAUUAAUAAUCGAUCUCUACUCAUUUAAAAUGGCACUAUCUUAUUUAUCAUAUAUAGCGAAAUAAUAAUUUAGACAGCGCAUGUAUAAAUCGUUUCGUAAAUACGUAAAUCAUUUCGACUUCGCUUGUUUAACCUUUCAUACGUACACAACCACGUGACAAAAUAUUGAAAUUAAAAUCGUCGAUGUAAAUUAUCCAAAAAUGUGCGACGAGCGUCUAGAAAAAAUGCCGAGACGGGAUCAUGCCGAGGAAGUUUUUGUUGACGAAUCGUUUAUCACGAAAAAGAGCUUUCUACAAUUAAUCGGAGAUUCCCGUGGUGUGCAAAAGAUUUCUGCACACGUACCCUCCACAGUCGUGUACCCGAAGGCUAAUUUAUAUUACGCUUUUGCCGAGGAUGUACAUCCGAUGGAAAGGAUUGUCACCGUUUCGAAGCUUCUUGAAAAGGAAAAGCUCUCACCGCAAGCAAUGUCUCGCAAAGAACACUUUACGAAUCAGGAUCCUUAUUUGAGAGACGAAGACGCUGUUGAACAUUAUCUUAGAACUGACCCAGUGAAUUUUGUUAUUUUUGGAAAACCUGGAUUAGAUCACGCCAGCGUAGCGUCGGCGGUAGCCGGCGCUUGGAACUGCGUUUCAAUUUCCCCCACGUCGUUGAUUCGGCGAGAGAUCGAUGCAGGCACCGAUAAAGGUCGAUACUUGGAAAAAAUUUUACGGCUCGGUAGAUCAGUAGGACCGGAAAUCCUUACGAAUUUGAUACGCUGUAGAAUCGGGACGCGGGACGUCAAACACCGAGGCUACGUCAUUGGGUGUUUGCCGUUUAUUUCUAGCGACGGGAGCCUCGAUUAUACAUCAUAUUCCAGCCCCGUCCUGGAUGCAGACGGCACUUAUCCGGAAUUCUGCGAGAACGCGGCGGUUGAGUCUCGCGAGGCGCACGAAGGUCGGAUCACCUUCGAUAAUUCAGAUUGUAGGACGCAGUUUGAUUACGAGCGAGAAAUCCCUCGACAGAUCGACGAAAUAUUCACCGUGUGGCCGAGAAAACCCGUGGUUAUUAUUUAUCUCGUGUGCCCGAGGCAGGAUGUCGCGAGUAGGUGUUCGCGCCGGCGCAUGGAUUAUCCAACGGGCGAUAUUUUUUAUGACAAUGAAUUUGCGUCCGAAUCCGAAUACGACGAAUCGGACACCACGCUUGACUUCUCCCAAGUUGCGAACGGAGGACUGGCCGCGGAUGACGAUAAGAGGUCGGUGAGACUAAUAUCCGACGUGACGCGCAAUGUUGAGACGCAAUGUGACCUUUACGAACGAUUGGCGUUACCCGUAAUCGAUAAAUGGAUCCUCGCGCAUAAUCCUCAGUAUGUAAUUCGCGUGGACGGUCGCAGCUCCGUGCGACGAAUACUCGAAAUUCUCGAAACGCGUUUACGUACCUUGGCAUUACUGCCGUCGAUCCUUCCGAAAGGAAUGAUCGAACGGAAUAACGCAUCACGUCUUCUAGAAGUAUCUUCCGAAGUUAGCGAUGAGUUCAUGAAAAAAUCUGUUGAAGAGGCUUUCGAGAUUCUGAGACAGCGAGAAGUUGCGUCGCUCGAAUUUCCCUGGAGACUUUCCGCGUGGAAGUUUUACUGCCCCGUCGAGCUGGCUCAAGGACGAACCGUUAAGGGACUCGCGAAGCACGCGGUGCGAUUCUUGGAUAAAAUCUUCUUCCUCUCUUCUCGAGAAGCCGAAAACUUAUUCAUCGAAAACCCGAGAACUUUUUUAUUACCGCCGAAUCCGCGGCCGACCUGCAAGAUAGCGGUGUUCGGGCCGAAAUACGCUGGUAAAUCGAAACUAAGCGCAAAACUGGCCGAAGUUUUCGGCGGAACGGUCAUAAAUAUUGAUGAGAUUUUUAAAGAAUUAGUUGAACAACAAAGUGAAAAGUACGUGUUUCAAGAAUACGAGAACGAUUUGAAUAUAGAGAAAGUUUCGCUGAAGCCUAUUGAUAUAUCGGUUGAGGAAAAAGUUGAUAUUAUUAUACAGAACAUUAGGCAGAUACCCGACGAAAAGUUGGAAGAUGAGCUUCGAAGAGACGGUGGGUAUGUCCUCGAUGGAAUGUGCACGGACGUCGAGGUCUGGCGAAAAAUUGUUGACGCUAACGUUGCAUUCGAGGACGUUGUCGUUUUAUUCGAAGAAGAGCCGUACGCCUACUUGCUGAAUAAAUUUCGCACUUUCUUUCAUCUCGUCGAUUCUACAUCUGUGAUCCGUAUUGAUACGGAGGCGGAUCGUGAGGAACGCGAAAUGUUGCAUGAAGAUGCUGAAUGGGAGUACCUUGAACAUUUAACGCGAUUCGAAUCGGAAUGGACGAGAUUCGAGGAACAAAUUCCUGAAUUCCGAGGAAAUGUGAUAAAAUGUAACCUCGCGGAUAUCGAAGAUAUAACGGAAUAUGUGAUAAAUUACAUCAGAGGUCGUUUCGAUGUCGUAACUACCGCUGCGAAGACCGAAGAAAAAAAUAAAAUAGAUGAAAUACUGAAAGAGACAGCAGUCGUGGAGAACGAAGCAAAUUUAGCUGAUAAAGAUGCUGAAGAAGAAAAGAAGGAAGAAAAUCUUACAUACACCAUCGAUCUUGCCGCAGCCGAACGACUACUCGACUGUGGCUAUUAUUUCUUCAGUUCCUUCGGUCGGUGGUGUCCCGUGCAAGUAUAUACCAACGAGAUACCGAUUUCAAUGUUUCUACCGAUGAAAGCUCGCGAUCAGAUUUUUCCCGUCGUACACCGUCCGUAUAUUUAUUUCCUUGCGGGCGAAAAAGCGCUCUCCGCGUUUCUGAAUAAUCCCGCGAAGUACCUCGCGCAGGAUCUCCGUCCGCCGCCGCUUCUUCCGCUUCGAAUCUCCAUCGUCGGACCGCCGAAAUGCGGAAAAACAACAUUGGCGAAUCGCUUCGCGAAAACGUACGGCAUGCAGAUGAUUACUCGCGGCAAGGCGUUGCGUCAUAUAUUGAAACACUAUCCGUGGACCGAGUCGGCGCGCAUAAUCGAGAAUCAGCUCCGAGCCGGUCAGGCCGCUUCGAUCGAAUCUGUGGCACGUGCCGUCGAAAUGCUCGCUAUAGGACCGCGCGCGGCAACUCAGGGUUACAUUCUGGACGAUUGUCCGUCGAGUCGCAAGGAAGCCGAGCAACUAGCCGUUUUAGGUAUACAGCCAAUGCUCGUGCUCGAUCUCAAGGCGGAACUGGAGUUCUGUCUCGAAUGCCUCUCCUGGGAUAACGACGACGCGAGAAGUCCGUUGAAUUUCUCCGCCGGUUUCCUGUCGCGGCGUUACGAGGUCUGGCAAACGGGCCAGGCGAGUUUUCGAGACUGGCUAAAGAGAUUCUCGCGGAAUGUAGUCGAAUUGGAUGCUGCCAAGAGUAAGUGGCACGUGUGGACUCGCGCAGAUCACGCGGCACGCUCACGAUUUGCCGACGUCGCUCUCUACUUUCGCGAGGCGAACUUGGACAAGGUUCACAGUCUAAGGCACAUGUGCGUGUCGCCCUACGAAUUUCGAUUGCGACAGAGUCGAUACGAGUCGUACUGUCCAGUUUGCCUGUCCCGCGAGAACAUCCUGAAGACCUCCGACCAAUCGAUAACUGAUCAAGGAAUGGUUCAGUUCAGAGAACACUUUUAUUGGAUUUGUCCGCCACAUAUGGACGCCUUCGUUGAGGAUCCGCUGCAUUAUCUUUCACCUGCUACUGCGUCUCUUCUCGACGAGCGACCGCGGCUGUUGCGGGAGACGGUCGACGUGGAGCACGCUUGUUGGGCGCGGCGUCUCCAAGUCGGCGGCAUGUGUCUUGUAACUUACGUCGACGGCCUGCCGGGCCGUAAGCUGACGCCGGGCAGAGUCGAUUUGGGCGUUAUCCUCAGGGAUAAAGUGUACCUCUUCUGCAGCGAGGAGUGUCGCGAAAAGUUUCUCGCGCGGCACGACAAAUACUCCGAAAUGGACAUCGCAUUCCCCCGCGAACUCCCGCCGAUCGAAGUGCGACGUCUGCCGGAUCUGGGUUACCUGGAGCAAACGGUGGCGAGAACGCUGGUCGAGGCCACGAAUCUGGUCGGCGCUCGUCGCCCGAAGAUAUUCGGCUUGUCGGCGGCGAUCAGCGCCGCGAUUUACAUCGGCGUUUACUUGAAAACGCGAAACGUGACCGGAGACUCGACCGAGGUGGAUAUCUACGAGACCGCGCGCAAGCGAAUCGCGGAGCGAAGCAGACUUAUAAAAAUCGUUACCGACACCAUGAAGAAGAAGCUGAAUCCCUAUGUAUCCGUGCCAAAAUAUUCCCGUUAAAUUUUAUUUCGUUGUACGUGAUCGUCCGUGCAUGAACACAUUUAGUUUAAGCUGUGAAUAUCUGUAUAUCUUCUACGAAAUAUCGUUAAUCGCUUUAAUCGUCGAGAGAAUUCAAGCUAUCCGAUUUUUCUUU